AUGUAUAAUUACAUCUUGCUAAAACAUCAGCCCAGCCCUAGUAGUUCCAAGGAGGCUUUGUCCUAUUUAAAAACAGAGGAGAGUAUGGAGCUCCCGCCUGAUGUCUUAACGCAUUUGACAGAAAGCUCAUACGACAUUGAAAAUCCACCAGCUCGUCUAGCAGUCUGGGAUUUUGGAGGGCAAAGUGUGUAUUACAACACCCACCACACAUUCCUUUCUUCCAGAGCUAUUUACAUUCUUGCCAUUGAUAUGAGCCUUGCUUUAACAGACAGGCUUGACGACCAAUGGCAUGGUGCUGAACACUUCUCAGGAACUAUUCUUGACUUUACUCAUUAUUGGAUAGACGCAAUCCAUACUUAUGCGCAACAGCAAAACAUGAGUGAAGAUGGGGUUAUGUUCCCCCGAAUAAUCAUCGCUUGCACGCAUAAAGACAAAUACCUGGAAAAUGUUCCCAAAGAAAAGCAUGAAGAAGAAAUAAAUGCAUACUUUGAUAAAUUGCGGCAGUAUAUACAACAGAAGAGAAGUGGCGUGCAUGUUGAUCCUCGUUUCUUUGCAAUUGACAACACGUGUCAAGAUGAAGAUCAAGAAAUAUCUGAUCUCCGUCGAUAUGUUAUGAAAAUUGCUGAAAGCCAAAAAUCUUGGGGAGAGAAGAAUCCAAUUAGAUGGAUUAGAUUAGAAGAAGAUCUUCAGCUGCGACGAGCACCCGAGAAACGAGGAAAAAGGUGGAUAAGGUAUGAGGAACUGCAAAAUUUAGCUCUUAAAGUUGGAAUGCAGGAUGCCAUUGAGCUGAAGUCAUUCCUCCAGUUCCAUCAUGACAUUGGAGAUCUUAUGCACUUUCAGACUGAUGAUCUCUCAGACACUGUCAUUUUGAAUCCAUCAUGGCUGAUAGAUGCAUUCAGGUCUAUUAUAGCAGUUGAUAAACACCAUGUCAAAGCCAAAGGGACUCCAUAUUGGUCUGCAUUAAAGAGGGGCAUCUUAGAUGAAAGACUUUUGGAUGAGCUAUGGGGAGAUGACAUUGAGUUGAAGCCCAUAUUAAUCGGUGUCAUGGUACAAUUUAACAUUCUUUUGCAACAGGACAUCAAGCCAGGUACAACAGAAAAGCCUAUUUCUCGACAGUUCUAUGUGCCCAGCUUACUUCAGAUAUGCAAGAAUCCAGAAUGUGGGGUUGGCAGUGAAGGAACACUGUUUAUACAAGGGAAAGAGAACUUUAUGCCACAUGUGCUUUUCAACCGUCUUACAGUGAAGUUAGUCCAAAAUGACACUUCUACAGGUAGGAAAGGUUUAAGAAGAAGAGGUGACUUUUUCCUCAUUAAAAAUGAGUUGUACUACGAUUAUGCUGUAUAUGCAAUUGAUCCACGCAGAGGAGCGCGUUGUGCUUUGAGAAAGUCAACAAAAUCCUCUUGCAUUGAACUGAUUCCCUUAUAUCCCUCAACAACAAAGUUUGACAGAACAAUCCGAGGGGCAUAUGCUAAGUGGAAGAACCAUGUUUCGAUGCAAAUUCAGCAAGUUAAGCAGACCGUCUGCCCACAUUUGCAGCUCAAAUGGUGUGUCAGAGACCCGAGAAAGCCAAAGAUCAGAGAGGAGUUGAUGGCAAUAGAUCCAAAGGUGACUGAUCACACAGCAUGUGGGCUACCUGAGGAUUCAGUGUACAGACUAUGGUUUAUGCCAGACUCAAAUGAGAAGGUAAGUCAUGUAAAUAUAUAA